GGAAAGUUAGGUAGGUGUAAAAGAGGUUUCCUUUACAGCCGAAAAUGGGGAUCAUGUAUCUUGUCCCAAAGGAUCUUAUUAAGAUCAUUAAUAAGAAUAUCAAUUCCCUCCUCGAUUAUUUCAUCUUCGCUUUGGUUAUCUUCCUCUUCAAGAGCCAUAAAGUCAUCAUUUCUAGUACUGGUCGGGCUCCUAGAGGGGUCUUGGAGACUUUUAUGAAUUUUAUUGCAAAACUUCAGCUCACUUUCACUGAAAGUUGGAUAAAACUUCUUAUUGCCAUCCGCUUGGCUUUUGAACAUAGAGUAGCUUUUCCUAGGUCUCUUAUUAAGAGACAUCACCUUAAAAGACGAAACUAGGCGAUCUAUGUUCUCAAAAGAGACUCUAUUUGCUUAUAACAAUAACUUUUUAUUUCUUGGUUUUCUGGACUUGUGGACAAGUAUUGAUAUGGCCAUGGAAAGCACAGUCCAGCUGCUCCAAGCAGUCUCAUUCAGGCUCAUAUUCUGAGUCUGUCUCAAAGGGAUUCUGUUCGCUAGAUAAGAACUUUUUCCAGUCGACUCUUUCACGAGGAAAAAUCGAUUUGACCUCUUCUCUUUUGAAUGUACCAAACAAGCCAUUGUUACCUUUCGAUUUUUGAGUAGCCUUUGGUGGCUGGUUUUCCCGUACCAUGUCGUUAUAAUUCUCGUUGUAAUCAGAAGUAUCAUGGCUGUAUAAACGAGGGCGAGUUUGACCCUCAGAGCUCUCCUUUUCUUCCUCAGAGCUUGAGGAAGACUUUCUUUUAUAAAAUUUCUGUAAUGCCUUGUUCUUCUUACUAUCAAUCGAAUAGUAUUGUUUAGGCGGUUCCAUUAUUGAUCAGUUGCAAAGUUAAAAAUUUAAUUUU